AUGUUAUCAUCGAAACCUAUGGAUCCGAUCAUUGAUCAUUCUCAUGAUGAUGAGAAACAAAAACAGGAAACAAAUAAUAAUGAUAUAGUCAAUCUGGCAACAGAAACGGGACGAAUGAGAUUACGCGAAAAUAAAGAUGCACCUGGCUAUCAAGUUCUUACACCUCAGGAUAGUCCAGCAAUCGGUUCAGGCGCUUCCAGUUCACCAAAUCUAGAUGGCAAUACACAAAGUCCUCCAAAUGAUCAAUCACAAACACAAAUUAAUACCCAUCAUGCUGCCGGUUUGAGUAAACAAAUGUCAGUUAUCCCAGGCGGUGGUGCUGAAUUGGCAAAUGCAGAAAGUUUGGGUGGUGCAAGUCAUGCUGCUCAUUCAGCACGUAUUCAAAACCUCGGAGGCAGAUCUGGCACAACUUCAGCACGAUUGAGCGCAACCUCUUCUGCCAGCAGUCAAGCAGCAGCAGGUUCAAGCACUUUGGCAUCCUACACUGCCACCUCUGCUCAACCUCCUGUUGGUCCCGGAGCAAGUGGUUUGGCAAGCGCUCGUGGCGUGGAUAAUGCUGAAAGCGGUGCAGCAACGCCUUCUCAAUUUGUAUUCCCCAAAUUAGGUGCAAGAAGGCCAAGUGAAGUUCAUAGUCAUACAGAUGGUACCCAAUCUCCAGCUGCUGAUGGCUCUCAUACCAAUUCACCAACCGUUGGCGCAAGCGUUGUACAAGAUCAUCUACCCGCAGUAAAACACAAGAAGAAAGAACAUCAUAACCCUUUACAUGAUCUACGCAGAUUUUUACACAACCAUCUCGGUCAUCAUGGAGACGAAACCAGCCGAUCGGGCACUUCCACUCCUGGAGGCUCCAAAAGACGCGGUCACGAUUCUCCUCCAUUGGGUGAAGAACAUGCUCAUCUUGCGAAGAAGUACGGAAAGUGGGGUAAAACACUGGGAUCGGGAGCAGGAGGUACAGUGCGUAUCAUUAAAAGAUCAAAGGAUCACAGUACAUUCGCAGUGAAGGAGUUCAGACAGAGACGUCAAGGUGAAUCAGAGAAAGAAUACAUUAAAAAGGUGACUGCAGAAUUCUGCAUCGGCUCCACCUUGCAUCACAUCAACAUUAUUGAAACAUUGGACAUCAUCUCCGAUCAUGGGCAUUAUUACGAGGUGAUGGAAUAUGCUCCUUACGAUCUUUUCAGUGUUGUGAUGAGCGGUAAAAUGUGCAGACAAGAGAUCUACUGCGUCUUCAAACAAAUCAUUGAUGGUGUCGACUAUUUGCACAACAUGGGUUUGGCACACAGAGAUCUAAAAUUGGACAACUGCGUGAUGAACGGCGACAAUAUCGUCAAAUUGAUCGAUUUCGGAACAGCGACAGUCUUCCAUUCUCCUGGAAAAUCUAAAGUUGUUGCAACGGGUAUCGUUGGAUCUGAUCCUUACUUGGCGCCCGAAGUAUUGUCACAGCAAACCUACGAUCCUCGUUUGACAGAUGUUUGGUCGUGUGCAAUUAUCUUCUUGUGUAUGAUCUUGCGAAGAUUCCCUUGGAAGCUACCCGACAUGAAAUCGGAUCCAAGCUAUAGACUGUUUGUCAAUUCGCAUCCUGAACUUUGUGCCGCACCAGAUACCACCUCUUCGCCCGGUGCGCCAAGUCAUCGUGUUAAUUCUGCUAUUCAGUCUAUGCCAAUUGGACAAGCAACGAUGGCAAAGAAUGUUGUGACCCAAAAGAAAUUUGCAGAAGAUGCACAGAUUCCCACUGCACGGGAAGCAGGUUACAUGACGCCUAACGAUGUUCGUUCUCGUCAACAUUCACCCGUUUCUUCUGACACUGAAGGAGAUGGAACCGAAAGAGUGCCCAGACAUCAAAACAGGCAAACUACGAUGAGCAGUGAAGCAACACAAUCGUCUACCGAUACAUCUGUAAAUGGUGCCAAUAUCACUUCUGGCCCAACGACGCAACAAACUUCGCCUGAGUCAUACGAUGCAAACAAUCCAAACGCUAUUCGACCAAGACCUCAACGUAGCGAUAGUAUCUCUUCGCAAACUACGUUCACUUCUGGCGCGGCUGAUAGCAUUUUCAGACUGUUGCCACGUGAAUCGAGAAGUGCAUUGAGUCGAAUGAUGGCAGUUGAACCGAGCUUGCGGUGUACGUUGGGAGACUUGUUACGCGGAAGACGGUUUAGCGAUAGUGCAAGCCCAUUGGUGAAAACACCCGUUAUGAGCCGAACAAACUCGAUUGAUGGAUUGGAAAAGUUGCCGGCUCAAAGUGCAGCAAAAAGCGGUGUAACGAUGCCUACAAGUCAAACGGCCGGAAUGGGAGAAACUUUGGAUUCUCUGCAACAUGCCGAAUUUGAAGAUGAUGACGAUACAGGAGAUGAUUGGAUGAAGAGUAUUAAAACUUGUGCUCAAUUGAAGUUGGCCGGAAAAGGAGAAAAACCUGAUCAUCCACACGUAAAAGUUGUACCGGAAGAACAAAAACGUAAAGGAAGUAUUUUCCAUCGUAAUACCAAUAAUAAGCCUAACGCUUCAAGUGGACAUAUCAAGGGCAACAAUGGUAGAGCGAUUGCGGAUAUGCCUCUCAGGAGGCCAUUUGAUAGCGAAAACAUCAAAUUUGAACGUCGUGGAAUAAUGAACAAGAUAAAGAGUGCCGGAAGCGCAGCAGCAGACGUUUUUCGAACCAAAGCACAAAAGAAAUCAAACGCAAUGAAAGAUGUUUUGAAUCCACAUAAAGAAGUUACACCCAAAACAUUAUCAAGGCUGGAUACGAUGCACAUUGCUUCGCUUGGACCUGAAUAUGCCAAUAAUAUGAAAGUGAAAGAUGCGGUCAAAGUGGGAAAGAUAGUAGAAGAAAAAAUUAACAAACAUGCAAAUAUACGUGAUAAAGCGAUGAAACAAAUGGACUCUCCUGCGUAUAAGAUUGCCCAUUAUACGGGAGCUUCAAAGGGCCAGAAAGAGGCAUUAAUCCACGAACAGCAUGGAUUUCAACAAAACGUACGAGUUCAAAGACCUGAGACGAAGAAACUUCUUCAUAAUCAAAUUCACGGAUCACAAGAGAAAAUCGAUAAUAUGAUGCCGCUCUACAAUACUGUCUCUCACAGAGUUGCUUCUGGAGAUAUGGCAAGAGCAGAUAGAGCUCAUCCUGACAAUACCAAACAAAAAAUUAUCGAUAAAGGUUGGAAGCAUGUUGUUAAUGCAGGUUCACGAGUUAACGAAUUACAAACAGAACGAAUGUUACUUCAUCAAAACAAAGCACAUGAGACAAUGAAGAACAAGAUUAGAACGGAAAAAAAUUUAGACCUACACAAUCUUCCUUCAACAUUCGAUAAUCAUCCCAAUCGUCCUACAGUAGUCGUUGGCUCUAAUCAUUCUCCUUCUAAUAGUCAGCAUACAGUUCUCAGAAACUCUGGCUCAUCACAUUCAUCUCAUGAUUCUCAACCACCUAGCCCAGCACAACAACAUACCUCAAAUCGACAACAAUUUCGUGUGCCCGACAAACCAAAAACAUUUUCAUUCGAAGGACAUGAAAGUAGAUGGACAAAGAAAGGACAACCGGCUCCACAGUAUUUCUUAGGUUCCAAAUUCAUCAAAGAAGGUGAUGCAGUGAAAAAUCAUGGAUCUCCUUUGGCUAAGCAAGCGCAUAUGCACGAAUACGUUCAGCCGAAAGAAGUUCAUGCUGCAGCACAAGGAUCAAGUCAUUCCGCAUCACCUCGUUCUCCGACCUUUCAGUCACCAAAGAGCGGAAGCGGUAGCGGCUCAGGUUCCUCUGAACGAAAUCUAUUGGGAAGAGCUCCUACGUUUUCAACACAUCAUCCUACCGAACCAGGCCCUUCAACAUCAUCUCAUCAGCACCGAGUCAAGCCGCAGACUCAUCAAAGUGAGAUCCAUUCAGAUUCUUCAAGUUCUAGGUCUAAUAAAUCACCAUCAAGUCCCAAUUCCCGAAGAGUGAGAUUAGGAGACUUAUUAGGAAUUCCCGUUCCUCCAAAGAGAAAUUAA